AUGUCUGACCCUAAUUCUUUGCAAUCUAACACUUUACCCGAAUUUACUAAUCAAAUAAAUAAUUUAGUAUCAACUGAAAAUGCACAAGCAAACUCUAAGCUUUUAUUUGUCCUGGCAACAACUCUUCUGGUUAUUUACAUAGGUUUAAUGAUCUCUGUUGUGCUUCCUGUUAAACAAGAAGAAGAAUCAAAAAAAAAAGAAGAGAAUUCUAUAUUACAGAAAGAUGAAGAAUAUAAUGGACCCUCACAGAACAAUGAUGAGGAAUUAGAAAAAGUACCAGUAAAAUGUCAAGAAGAAAAUGCAGAGGAAAAUGAAGAUAGUUAUUAA